GCUCUCAUACAAUUCCAUCACAGAAAUCAUAUGUUCAUUCCUUAUUACCUUGUUAUCCUCUUCCUUAUUUAGUUUUAUUUCAUGUAUACAAUGUACUAUUUAAUUAUCAUCCUGUUAUAUCUAAGCUGUGUCAGCAUGAAAUCUGUCUGGGCCGAAUACUGUACACAGCUUACAACAAAGUCGCUGGCAAAAAUACUGGGACAAGCAUUCAAUCCCCGGUACAUGAGUAUUGAUCCACCAUUUCUCAAUCAGGACAGUGAUGCAAAACGAUCCUCUUAUGAAAUUCCGUUUUAUGCCGACAAUGAUGUGGUGUCUGUUGGAGAUUUCCCCGCCUGGGAGACGGAUCACAUCAAUUACUAUGAAGAGAAGAAAGCCAUCAACGAUAAAAAAGUGAUACGAGUACGGAAUAUUUUCACCCAGAAAAGUACAAAAGAUCCGCAAGCCUCAAAGACGCGUCCAUGGGAAUGUGCCUCAAAGCUAACAUGGCUAGAUUUGGGCAUAAAUUAUUUCCCACGUUACAUCAGAUCGGUGGAAUGUAUUUCGAAUUCUUGCUGGUAUGGUCAUUACAAUUGUAAGCCAAAAUCAUUUACUAUAAAAGUGUUGCGGCGGAAACAUGGUUCCUGUAUACGCGUCAAUGAAAAAUUGCUGCUAUUAACUUCGGAGCAAUUUCCAUCCGACUACACGGAACUAUGGGUAUGGGAAGAAAUUUCGGUUAAUUUUUGUUGUGAUUGUGUUACGGCACCGGAUUGAUUUUGGAUAGGCUCAAAUUCUUUUAAAAUACAAAUUAUUUGUAAAAAUGUGUAUAAGAAAUAAACUAUUGUUUUAAUUUAAA